CCUGUCAACCGACGCCGUCACGUGAUGUCACAACCCCGCAAUGACCUCUCCUGCUAGCUAACGCUGGCUAACCGGGAUAAACUACAUCAUUUCUUAACGAAGCCAGCUAAAUUUCAACAAUGGGGCAAACGAAACAAGAGGAAGGCUACGGAUAUGACUUAUUCCCCGAAAGAAACACGGGAAAAUACAAGAAGGGAUCCGUCGGAGAGAGUCUGUUCACUUUCAACCACAAGUGUCAGGUUAUGUUACAGUUAGCCGUGGAAACCAGUCCAUAUGCCAAACUACUCCUGAGUGCCAUGAAAAAUUCUGGAUGUCAAGUAUUUAAAGACCGCCAUUUUGCCUGCGAAGAUUGCGACGGAACCGUCAGCGGCGGCUUUGACGCAGCGACGUCCCAAAUUGUCCUAUGUCAGAACAACAUCCACCAGCAGUCCCACAUGAACCGAGUGGUCACGCACGAGCUCAUACAUGCUUUUGACCACUGUCGAGCCCACGUGGACUGGUUUAACAACUUUCGGCAUUUAGCGUGUUCAGAGAUUCGUGCCGCCAACCUCAGCGGCGAUUGCUCCUUCUCUAACGAACUGGCCAGAUUCCACUUCGGCGUGAAGCGACACCAACAGGAAUGCGUCCGAGGUCGCGCCCUCCGCUCAAUCCUAGCGGUGAGAAAAAUCAGCCGCGAGGAGGCGGAGAAAAUCGUCGACGAGGUGUUCGACUCGUGUUUCAACGACCACGCGCCGUUCGGACGAAUCCCGCACGGGAAGAAGGACGCCAAGUUCGCCUACAGGGAUUAUGAGAACGGAAAUCGGUAUUAACCAAAUCUUUAGUCGUUCUGAUGGAUUUUGUCGAUGCCGAUUUUUUUAUCCCUUUGAAAGGAUGGGACUUGUCCUUGGAACGUUUUCUGUCACAUUUUGGACAUUAAUUCUCUAUAAAGGGAUCAUCAAUAGUGAUUUUGGAAGCAAAUUAUCACUCUGUUGAAUAGGUUCAGCACUUUUAUUAAAGCCACACCAUAUGAAUUUAAGUCCCAAUUCUUGGAUUUCAAGACGAAAGUUUUCCAAAGUCUAGAACGAGCCUUGUUUUUGCUCGCCACUAAUGUUCUUGGUCCAAUCAUGCUGUAAAUGUCUUGGUCCAAUCAUGCUGUAAAUGUCAUUGAAAAAUCCCAUAUCCUUCCGAGCAGACUAAAAAAAAAAGUUAUCUGGCGGUAUUAGCCUCAUAAUCCUCCGCCGUGAUCCUUCUAUCUCAAAGACGACAUUCUCCGCAUUCUAAUUGCAAUGUCACUUGUGGGAGGAUUCCAAAUGGUGCUCUCGUUAGAAAAAAACAAAUCAUUUUUAUUUUGGGGAACUUAGAAGAUGACGACAAGCUCUUCCCAUGCAUUUGGAUUAGUUGACUAAACAACAGAUUUACAACUCGAAUGCUUGCUAUUAAUUACAUUCGUUUUAUUCGUAUGUCUUGUUAGGCAUUGUUUUGUUUUGUUUUUUAAAGCUUUGGGACCGUCGCGUCACAUUGAAGUAGCGUUAUUUACAAGUGUUGAAGUCGAUUCCUAUGUUAUUUAGUACUGAUUCAUGUCAUUUUGUCUCUUUUGUUCACUUUUUAAAGCUUGGAAGCUUUUUUUGUGUUGUGUCAAUGGAGGAUUUUCACGGUCUCUUAUUUUUCGUGUCCUGAUGUUUCUUUUGUUGUUGUUUUUUUUUUUUAUUACUCUGACCGAGUGCUUAAUUUGUAAAUCAUAAGGUGCUGUAACGCAAAGCAGAUAUGACAGCGCAGGGAUGACGAGACUGGCACAGGUCCCGGAACAUACGCAGAAAAUGGUGCUGAAAACAACACACAAAUAUCCACAUGCUGUGGGACUUACAAGCCUCAAUUUCAGAUAAUAUCCGUGGUAUAAAUGUUAAUGACAAUUUAGAAUUAUUUAGGCUAUACUCUGCACAGCACGGGCAAUUGCCCACAUCACCACAGGUGGGACUUACAGUAAGGUACAGUCUAACUUGUAAAACUACAAACAAAAAAAAUCUGAGAUUACAAUAAAUAACACAAACCCAUUA